AAACCCUAAUUUCUCCCUUCCACUUAAAGAAAGGCAUCAAUCAAUCUCAUCGUUUUCGUUGAUAUUAGCCAUAAAAAUUUGUGGGUUUUCAAAAAUGUCAGUCGAAUUCGAAUACCCAUUAGGAAAAAUUUGUCAUUUUCAUUCUGGAAAUUACUGAUUCUGUUCCACCGUCGUUUGAGGCUGAGAAACCAAGUUCUGUUUCUAUCCUCUUCCCUUUCUUCAAUCCUUGGCCACAGCCGAACCCUAGCUUUAUUUUUCCCAGUGAAGAAGAAGAACGAAUAGGGUUCUUCCACGAGCAUGUCAUUGUCUCAAUGCGACUCCAUUCUAUGUCCAGUGAUUCUCCCAUUUCUUCCCCCGACUCCCAACCCGAAUCCCCCGUUUCUGAUUUGAUUGAUCUCACCUUGCUGCUUUCCGACGAGCUUCUUCUUCGUGUUCUCUCCAAAUUUCCCGAUUGCGAGCGAAACUUGAAUUUCCUUGUCUGCAAGCGUUGGCUUAACCUGCAGGGUCGUCUCGUACGGUCUCUAAGGGUUACGGAUUUCGAUUUUCUUCUGUCGGGUAGGUUGGUUUUGAGGUUUCCUAAUCUUAAUCAAGUGGAUUUGGUUUCUGGGUGUUGGGUUUCGUCUAGGAAUUCGAGUAUUUUAAUGAGCCAUGGGGUUCUUUCCAUGCAUAUUGAUCCUUGGUUGUUGCUUUAUUCGAAUGUCGGUGAGAAGAUUGUAUUGGAAAGUGUUUUGAUUGAUAGAGGGCUGAAGGUUUUGGCGAAUGGCUGCCCGAACUUGAGGAAAUUGAGUCUUGUUGGUGGUAGUGAAUUUGGGUUGUUGAAUGUGGCUAAGGAAUGUGAGCUCUUGCAAGAACUUGAGCUGCACAAGUGCAGUGAUUGCAUGCUCCAAGGAAUUGCUGCGUUUGAGAAUCUUCAAAUAUUGAAGCUAGUUGGGAAUGUUGAUGGGUUCUUUAGUUCGGCGGUGACAGAUAUUGGGCUGACUAUUGUCGCUCGAGGCUGUCGACGAUUGGUGAAGCUCGAGGUUAGUGGGUGUGAGGGGAGCUUUGAUGGGAUUAAGGCGAUUGGGCAGUGCUGCCCAAUGUUGGAGGAGUUGACACUCUGUGAUCAUAGGAUGGAUGAUGGAUGGUUGGCUGGGCUUCAAUAUUGUGAGAAUUUGAAGACUUUGAAGAUCAUAUCAUGCAAGAGGAUUGAUGCUAAUCCUGGUCCAGAUGAGUAUUUGAGCUCCUGUCCUGCUCUUGAGAGGCUCCAUUUGCAGAAUUCUCAAUUGCGGGAUUCAGUUAGUGUAAGGGCUUUGUUUAUGACAUGUGGGGCUGCGAGGGAGAUUUUCAUCCGGGACUGCUGGGGAUUGGACGAUGACAUGUUCGGCUUUGCGAAUAACUGCUGGAGGGUGAAGAUGCUUUUGCUUGAAGGAUGUUCGGUGUUAACAACAGAAGGCUUGGAGUCGGUAGUUCUUCAGUGGAAGGAGCUUCAAAGCCUGGAAGUGGAGUCAUGUAAGAACAUAAAAGAUAGCUGCAUUUCUCCUGCUCUUUCUGAAGUCUUCUCUGUUCUUAAGAAUUUGAAAUGGAGGCCUGAUACCAAAUCACUUCUAUCAUCGAGUCUGGUCGAGACUUGUAUGGGAAAGAAAGGUGGGAGGUUUUUCUAGCAAACACGAAAACGUAAUCGUUAGCUCAAACAUACUUAGCGUAGUCGUUUAUAGUCGAGCUAGGUGGUUAGAAUAGAUGUUGAAUAUAGGAAAAUACGUUUACGUUUUAGUUUCCAGGAUCACUUAGAAGGAAGCAACACAGGAUGUUUUCUUAGAAACUAACCUGACCCAGUUCACCUAUUUGCUGGAACUGUGAUUUUCUUGGAGCAUAGUAGCUUAGUUUAGCUACAUCAUUGUAUGCCUAUUCUUCUUCUUGGGAUUAGUUGAACUGUAAAGAAUUGUUCUUCUACUAUAAAAUGCACCAAUGCAAUGAUUGAUCCUUUGCUAUGA